AUGGAGCAUCCCCAUCCACAAACAGAGAAUUUCAACCAUACCUAUCUGCAUGAAAAUCCUAGCGAGGAGAGCGGAAACCGCAGAGAAUCCCUUGAGGAAGCGAGAAAUGAAUGUGGCAAGACCUGUUUUGAUCGGCAAAAUAGCCUCCCAGAAGUACGGCCAAGUAUCGUGAGCCCAUCCAACGACAGGGAGAAGCUGGCUGAAAAUGAGUCAUUGACCAGAAGGCCUGCACCUCUGAUUCCAGAAGCUGAAAUCCUGGAAGGACAGAGCAAUCCUGGGAUAGAAAUAUCAGAGAGAAGAGGAAGUGCGGGCCCAUUUGAUGGGAAUAAUGAGCGCGUGGCAGCGCUGACAGAGCCAAAGAAAAACGCGAGCCUCACCUUGCAAGGCGACACUACGCCCGAAAAUCGUCGACCGGAAACGAUAGCUCGAAACACCUCAACGGCACUUUCAAGUCCUUCCCCCACAGAGCCCUUGCAGCACAACGAAGAAGAAGUCUACCAGGGGCCAGUUGGGUUCAAUCUAACAGAUAGAAUCCCGUCAUCCGUGACCUGUCUACAGGAUGCUCCGGCCACUUCUAUAGUGAGCGAAGGAAAUGACGCGCUAGUUCCUGAAGCCUCUAUAGAGGUCCAGAUCAUAAAUAGACCUCAACCGAGUAAGUGA